CGGUGCUAGUAACAUAUAAACAAAAAUAAAACUGAAGUGUUAUCUCACUACGGGCAGAUGUAUGUUGAAAAGGCCGUUGACAACAUUAUUCUCAAUUCAAAUAAAGGAUUUUUUUUUUUUUUUUUCCAAGUCAAAAUUUUGUAUCCGAAGCAGCAAAACCAGACUCACAGACCACAACAAGUGGAUGAGUGGAAACUGAGUGGAAACUGAGUGGAAACAACUGGCAAUGUAAAUUACCUGUAGCCUGUCAGGUUCCUGCGUUUUGACUGUCUCGCGGAAAGGCGGUUGUGAGAGAAGUUGGAAGCAGAAACACUAUUUCCACCAAUGCUGCAAGACUGGAAGUAACAUUGCAUAUUUAAAUGUCAACCUGAGAAACAUUACAAGUCUCGAUGAUUAUUUUUUUUCUUGUUCAUCUUGAAUUUGGAGGAGCUUGCUUAGUUUGCUGACCAGCGUUGAUGCACCAAGUUUGCGAGAGAAAUGGGUGCCUUGCAUUUUUUAGGAAAGAGAACACAUAUAAGGACAUAUUUUAUUGUUUUGCAGGUUAUCAUUACGUUGGCUAUAUACUUGAUACGACAGUGUGCCAGUCAAACAGUGCAAGUUAGACAUGAAAAUGACGAAAGGUCUGUCUAUCAGUCAGACCUGUUGGAGUUCCUAGAAAUGACACAAAGCACUGAAUAUGAAAUUGUAGCUCCAUAUGAAGUCGACCACAAAGGGAAAUACAUCUCUCAUGCGGUCGCCCAUCACCACAGAAGGAAAAGGUCGAUUCAGAACAGGGCAGAGGAGUCUGUUCACUUCAGACUGCAUGGCUUCGGGCAGGACUUUCAUUUAGAACUCCAGUCUUCAGGUAGCUUGUUAGCACCUGGUUUUACAGUACAGACAAUGGGAAAGAAUGGGACUACAUUUGUGGAGGCUUACCAGCAUGAAGACCUUUGCUUUUAUCAGGGGUCAUUAAGAUCGAUGAUCAACUCUUCAGUAGCAAUUUCUACAUGUAAAGGCAUGUCAGGUUUGAUAAGGACACAGGAUGCAGACUAUUUUCUGAAGCCUCUACCUCAGCACCUUGCACUGAAAGAGAAUGUUACAGCUCCUACCAGCCACCAACCUCACAUCCUUUACAAGAGAUCGACAGACAACCAGAGGCACUUAGUAAACAAUGAGGUUAUAAUCGCUAGAAGACCUAAAGCCGUGGGAUACUACAGCGAAGGGCCUCAUUCCCAACAUCCACGCAACAACUACAAGCAUGGGGAGCUGCAGAAACAACAUUUCUGUGGAAGGCGCAAGAAAUAUAUGCCGAAACCUCCAGAGGAGGACAUCUACAUUUUGCCAGAUGAAUAUAAAUACCUGUCCAGAAGCAAACGGGCAGUCAUGUUCAAGUCCCAGAGAAAUGAGAAGCUGAAUGUGGAGACCCUGGUGGUGGUGGAUAGAAAGAUGAUGCAGAAUCACGGAAAUGAAAAUAUAACGACAUAUGUCCUGACUAUACUAAACAUGGUGUCUGCACUAUUCAAAGAUGGAACAAUAGGAGGAAACAUAAAUAUUGCAAUUGUGGGCCUCGUACUUUUGGAAGACGAUCAGGCAGGGCUGGUCAUCAAUCAUCAUGCUGACCACUCUUUGAACAGCUUCUGCCAGUGGCAGUCAGGGCUGAGUGGGAAGGAUGGGAGCCGUCACGACCAUGCCAUUCUGCUGACCGGGCUGGAUAUCUGCUCCUGGAAGAAUGAGCCCUGUGACACUUUAGGUUUUGCACCAAUCAGUGGGAUGUGCAGUAAAUAUCGCAGUUGUACUAUCAAUGAAGACACUGGACUUGGACUGGCUUUCACUAUUGCACAUGAAUCGGGUCAUAACUUUGGCAUGAUUCACGAUGGUGAAGGAAAUGUUUGCAAGAAGUCUGAAGGCAACAUCAUGUCUCCAACACUGGCUGGCCACAAUGGGAUCUUUUCAUGGUCCGCUUGCAGUCGGCAAUAUCUCCACAGGUUUCUGAGCUCUGCCCAGGCCACCUGUCUUGCAGAUGAGCCCAAGUCUGUGAGGGAGUACAAGUAUCCGGAGAAGCUUCCAGGGGAGCUGUACGAUGCAGACACCCAGUGCAAGUGGCAGUUUGGGGAAAAGGCCAAGCUCUGCACGUUGGACUUCAAAAAGGACAUUUGCAAAGCAUUGUGGUGCCACCGGGUUGGCAGAAAGUGUGAAACCAAGUUCAUGCCAGCUGCUGAGGGUACUGUUUGUGGGCCUAAUAUGUGGUGUCGCCGUGGUCAGUGUUUGAAACAUGGAGAUGAAGGCCCUCGCUCUGUUGAUGGUCACUGGUCAGUCUGGUCAGGUUGGUCUGGUUGCUCAAGAAGCUGUGGAGCAGGGGUGACCUAUCGAGAGCGUCACUGCAAUAACCCAAGGUAUGGUGGGAAUUUCUGUGAGGGCUCUUCUCGUGCAUACAAACUUUGCAAUGUUCAUAACUGCCCUACAGGCAGCAUUGACUUCCGGGCCACACAGUGUGCAGAAUUCAACAGCAAGCAGUUCCGGGGCUGGUAUUAUAACUGGAAGCCAUAUACUCGAGUCAAUGAGCAGGACCUGUGUAAACUGUAUUGUUAUGCAGAAGGCUUUGACUUCUUCUUCGCCCUCUCAAGUAAAGUGAAAGAUGGUACUUCAUGUUCAGAGGGCAGUUCAAAUGUGUGCAUUGACGGAGUAUGCGAGCUUGUUGGCUGUGACCGUGUGUUGGGCUCCAGUGCUGUGCUGGAUGUCUGUGGUGUCUGCAAAGGCAACAACCUAACUUGUAAAAUGUUCAAAGGCCAAUACAACAAACAGCAUUACACAAAUCAAUACCACAGCGUAGUUACCAUUCCAGCAGGGGCCCGCAGCAUUCGCGUGUAUGAAAUGAACAGCUCCACCUCCUACUUGGCGGUGAGAAACUCCUAUCACAAGUACUACCUCAAUGGGUAUUGGACUGUAGACUGGCCUGGCAGGCACACAUUUUCUGGGACUGUGUUUGACUACAAGAGGUCGUACAGUCAACCCGAGAUCCUUACGGCCGCAGGUCCUACAAACGAGACUUUAGUGGUAGAGAUUCUCCUUCAAGGCAGAAAUCCAGGGGUCGGUUGGGAAUACGCUCUUCCAAAACCAGAUGGUGAUAAGAAGAUGGUACCGAAACACAACUACACUUGGGCUAUAGUCCGAUCUGAGUGCUCACUGUCCUGUGGGGGAGGCCAGAUGACCAUGAAAGCAGCUUGUUACUGUGACUUACGUAUGCAAGUGAACAUGUCCUUCUGUAACCCCAAGUCUCAGCCUGUGACUGGACUGGUCUCCUGUAACACACAAGCUUGCCCUCCAAGCUGGAGUGUUGGAGACUGGGGUGAGUGCAGUCACAGCUGUGGAAUCGGCGAGCAGAUCCGACAAGUCCUCUGCACACAGAAGGUGAAUUACAACAAGACGGAAACGGUGACUGACACAAAGUGCACACAGCCAGUCCCAUUGCGAAGACAGACCUGUAAUCCCCACAGCUGCCCCCCUGCCUGGAGUGCAGGGCGCUGGUCUGAAUGCUCUCGUAAAUGUGGUAAGGGACUGAAAAAGAGGACAGUGGUCUGCAAGAGUACGAACCCCAUCCCGAGAGCUAAGAUACUUCCAGACAGCUCCUGCUUAGCUGAGCCCAAACCCAAGCCCCAGGAGGCCUGCAUGGUGAAACGCUGCCAGAAGAAUCACAAACUCCAGUGGUUUGUUUCUAUGUGGAGAGGGUGUUCUGUAACAUGUGGCAAAGGAAUUCAGAAGAGGCUGUUGAAUUGUGCAGAGAAGGAUGUUGCAGGGAAAUACAACCAGCUGGCUCCCAAGAGGUGCCACCAUGUGCAGAAGCCUGCUGUACAGCUGGAGAGGGAGUGCAACCUGGCUGCCUGUCCCAGGCUAGUCACUCACACUGUCACCAGCAGUGCCCGGGCCAGCUGGUACUCCUCCCCCUGGUCUCAGUGCACAGUGACCUGUGGAGGUGGAGUUCAGGCGCGUUCAGUGCAGUGCUUAGCACACGGAAUGCCCUCCUCAGGUUGCCUCCUUCAUCAAAAGCCAGUUAUGUCUCAGGCCUGUAACACCAACUUCUGCCCUGAACCUGAAAAGAAAGAUGUGCCGUGCAAGGAUUACUUUAACUGGUGUUACCUGGUCCCCCAGCAUGGAGUUUGCAACCACAAGUUCUACGGCAAGCAGUGCUGCAAAUCCUGCUCUCAGUCAAAUCUGUGAGCCUCAAAGAAACAUCCCAUCAUUGUCUACCAUGAUGACAGAUUUUUCCACUGAAGCUACUGCACAUUGCACUGAACUGAAAUUUUAAUUAGACUAGAAUACAAAUAAGUGCCUUAUUUAAACUUUAUAACCUCCAACUUUGGUUGUCUUAAUGUUGGAAUUGCCCAUAAUGGUCUUAAAGAAGUUCUUGCUCAAGGCUUGGAAGAUUGAAAAUGACCUUUUUUUUUUCUCAUUGAAAAACGUAAUGUGACGACUUGCACAUUGGAAGGAUAAAAAUAAAUACUCUCAGACAAUGGCUUUUAAUGAAAUUGGAAGGCAUAAUAGACAUUGUCCUCAAUGGAAAUCUUACUCAUAACCGCACAUACGAAUCUGGGGGCUUCUGUUCUCAAAAAAGCAUCAGGAAAACAUUUCUCUUAGGAACACACAUUAAGUAUUAACAUAUUAAUUCUAUUUUUAAGUAUUAUGUUUGGGAAUUUUAACAUUUAAUGGCAUUUCUUGGAAGGAGAAGUGUGGAAGUCACUGAUCAUUAAGUACACAUCUAUGUGAAGGGAACAGUGGACAGAUUUUCAGAGACAAUGAGGAAUUUUAUGAGGCUUACAAAUAAACACAAAAAGGGAUAGUUUUAAAUAUGUUUAUUUUACCUCAUUUACCAUUGAAACAAACCUGCUACAAUACUCAGUAGAGAUUACUGUACCCCAUAGGCUGUUGUGGAGAUCUUCCUGGAGCAGUUGGUGGAUACUAUGGUGCUACUCUGUUUAGCGUAUCAGAGAAAACAAAACUGUGGGUUCUUGAGGUCUCAAAUAUUUCUGUUACCGAAUAUUCAUGUUUGCAGAAAUGUACAGCAGAAAAAAAGUUAACUAUUUAUUUGUAAGGUAAAAAAAAAAAAGUCCUGAUUUUUUUUUUUUUUUUUUUUUUAUGAUUUUGCAUUCUUAUCAGCGAAGUCUGUGACCUAUGUGCUUGAGAUGAAAUGGUGGCUUGCUUUGUGCUCUGGUUUCUUAAAGCAAACUUAUUCAUUCAGCUAAGUUCAUGCUAUAUAAGGUUCCUACUUAAGUAAUUCAUCCUUAAUCAGUACACAGCUAAGCCACUGAAACCUUAGAAGAAAACGUAAAAGCUGCACAUUUCCACACUACAUUUUUGUCCAGUUUCACAGGUGAUGUAGUGCUUUUAAAAGUUUUUAUUAUGCAGCUGUACUGUAAACAUUUCACAAAUAUUUAUGUUUGCUGAAAAUGUGUAAUACAUUUGUAUUGAAACUACUGCAAUGUGGUUUUAUUGUUAUUGAAUUUUGGUGUAAAUCAGGUACAUUGUAUGGAACAUAUAGUGAAUAGCUAUAAAGUCGCCUGGCCAUUUUGCCACUGCAGAGCAAUGAAAAUUGGUAGGUGGAGCACCAAGUGAAGGGCAACAAGAUUCUAGACCCUUCAGAGAGGGCACAAAAGCCAACGUCCAUAACUGUUGUUGCAUUAAUCACAUGUUAUAGCUAGCCUUCAUAUUGAGAACGUCAUUUUGAAAAAGAUUUUUAAAACAAUCACAGGGUCUUGAUUUCUUUCAUACAACUCUUGUUAGUCAUCAAAAUCCCAAACAGACACCUCCUAAUCCCAGUGUAAUACAUUUAGGGCCUCUCCAAUUUAAUAUUUGUUUUCAUCAUUACAAAGUCUUCCUGCCUUUCCUUCCUUCCUUGAUAAAAUUUUUACAAAAAAAAAAAAAAAAAAAAAAAAAAUGCACUGCAAUGCGAAGAAUUUUGGUCUCAAUGCGGGCCCUGUUGUGACAAACCUGAAUUGUUUCAUCACCUGCUAUGGGUUGUAAUUGUUAUCAACUCUCACCAAAACCUAACGCUGUCCGCUCUUUGCCACUUUUAUAACAUUGAUAGGAUAAUUCAUCCAUGAUUCUCUAAGAUUCUUAUCAACGCCUUUGUUUUCUGUAUGGGCUGGACAAUUGCAGUUGCUUGCUUGCAGGGGCUAGUAUCUUUAGAUGAAUCUUUACAUAACACGUGUUCUGGUCACCUUUACCUGGCUUCCGGUGAAGUGUACAAUUAAUUUUCUCACCAUAAUGUCAAGUAGGGUCUUGUUCUGUGAAUCCGGCACUAUGAAUAGCUAUGGCCAAAAAUGUUGUAUAUAGAAUUAACACAUUUUGCUUCCUAAAGUUGAAUGAAACCUGCUG